AUGGCCGAGCAUCUGGCACGGAUCAUCGGAACGGAAGAGGACAGAGUUAACUGUCCCUUCUUUUGGAAAAUAGGCGCAUGCCGCCAUGGCGAUCAGUGUAGUCGAAGCCACUACAAGCCAAACAGUGCUCAAACGUUAGUCAUCCGUCACAUGUACGACAACCCCCCAAUGGCCGUUGCAAUUGCAGAAGGGCAAAUGGUGGAGGAUGAAGUGUUGGACAAAGCAGCGGACCAUUUUGAGGAGUUUUACGAAGAAGUCUUUGAGGAAUUAAUGAAGUAUGGUGAAAUUGAAGAUAUGGUUGUAUGUGACAAUAUAGGAGAUCACAUUAUUGGAAAUGUGUACAUAAAAUACACACACGAGGAUUAUGCGGAGAAGGCUGUGAAGGAGUUGAAUGGGAGAUUCUAUGCGGGAAAGCCGUUACAAAUUGAGUAUACCCCUGUGACAGACUUCAGGGAGGCAAGGUGCAGGCAGUUUGUCGAUGGCCAAUGUCGACGAGGUGGGUACUGCAACUUUAUGCAUAUCAAACAUGUACCAAGGGCUGUCAAGCGGAAGCUGUACAAACGAAUGUAUAAAAAAUUUCCAGAAUAUAAGAAAAGGCGUAAAACGAAAGAUGGUUCGGAGGACGGACAUCACGAUAGCCACAGGGAUAGAGGAAGUAGGGACAAACAUAGACGUGAUAAAUAUGGGGACAGUCACCACUCUUCUAGACGCAGAAAUAGGAGUAGAAGUCGGAGCAGGAACCGAAGCAGGAAUCGUGAUGAUGCCGAUGGGGACAGCGACGGUGCCAGUAGAAGACAUAAACAUCCUAGGCGAGAAAAUAGUGCCGAACGCAGGGAAAAAAUUGAGAGGUGGAAUAAGGAGCGAGAAAUGAAGAAUAUGCAAAGGGAUGAUGUUGAGCAGGAUGCUUGCCAGGAGGAUAAG